AUGGGUACAACUAUGAAUAAACUGAUUAGAUCAUUAUCAUCUGCUGCAUUUGAAUCAGAUGAUGAACAAGUUGAUGAUAUUCAAUCAAUUGACAUAUCAUCAAUAUCAAUAUCAAGUUCAAUAUUAAUGAAAAAUCCACUGAGUCGAAUUGGAGAAUAUAACGAUUCAGAUUUAAAUAUAGGUAUUAUUGGUGAACAAAUUAUUUAUGAAUAUUUGUCAAAGAAAUAUCAUUAUCAAUCAGAUUCAGUUUCUAUUAAAUGGGAAAAUCGACAUGGAGAAUCUCAUUUGCCAUAUGAUAUUUUAUUAACUAAACAUGGAAAAAAGCAUUAUAUUGAAGUGAAAUUAACUCGAACAUAUAAUCAACAUUGA